CAAAAAAGGGGUAUUUUUCGGGGUGAAACUCGUAAAUACUACGUGCAGAUCAACUUUAACACUUGGGAAAGCUCUCUACAACAAUAAUUUUACAGAAAGAAAUUGUUAGUUUAAGUUUAUAUAACAAAACGAAAGUGGAGAAAAUAUCACCCAAUUUUUCACCUCACAUUGAUAAAACAACUUUUAAUACACGUACUCCCCCGCCGACUCGACUAAUCCGCACGCGCCAAACAAGUCAACUUUUGAACUUCGACCGCGCGCGCGCGUGGCCUUUGUCCUUUUGACGUCACCAGGCAUGUACUUGUUGUGUAGUUUAUCGUAGCCAUUUUAUACACACGCGUGCAGUGUACUGCAUUUUUCGUGGCUGAACAUUCUCCGGCCGACCUGUUACGUGUGUAAAUUCGGCUCCCAAACCAAUCAUUUUCCCGACAAUGUCUGCUCCAUCACUGGACGUAGGGGACCAGCUAGAAUGUCCCAUCUGUCUGGACCAGCUCUGGGAGCCCAAACUGCUCAACUGCGGCCACACCUUCUGCCUCAAGUGUCUGGACGGAGUGUUCGAGCCCGAGGAAUUUCCCCAGAACCCCGUGGUGGCUUGCCCGGUGUGCCGCAAGAAAACCCCGGUGCCUAACAAAGGGGUGGCCGGUCUGACCUCCAACUUCGCCCUGCAGAGCCUCCUGGAGGCUCUGUCGCCCCUGAAGCCCAAGACAACGGCUGAGGUGGCCAAGACCGCUGACGGGGAGGCCACAAUAUGCGAGAUUCACAACGAGAUAAGGAAGUUUUACUGCAGUUCUUGUGAGGUGCUGAUAUGCCGUGACUGCACAGUGGUGGAUCAUCCCAGACCGGAGCAUAAGUGUAUGAAUCUGGAUGAGGCUUAUACAUGGAGGCGAGAACUCAACGAUAAGGAGCUGCAACUGGCUGUGAGGGUGGUCAAGCUGGCCAAGAGAUCCAAAGGCAUCUUGCAGUCAGCUGAGGCAACGCUGAACGAGCGAUGCAACCAGGUCAUCAGCGAGAUCGAGAAGUGUCGGGAGACGGGUCUGGAGCAGCUGCAACGGAAGACAGAAGCCAUUGAGGCCUUCCAAGUCGACCUGGAGUCGGAGAUCUUGGGUCUCCACGACCUGAGCGAAGACGCAACCAAGACAGAUCUCCUAGACCAGUCCAAGGGUGUGAUUGAGAGCCUGACGUCCCUGCGUGAGCAAAAGGAUGAGAUGCUGGACAAACCGGAAGCGGUGGAGUAUCCGGUCUUCGUGGGGUCGUCUGAGGAGAUCCAAGGCUGGCCCAAACAGCUCAACCUGGACAAAUCUGGCAAGGGAAGGUCUCGUAAGCCUAGACCAAGGCGACAACAGAGCGAUGGAUCCGGACAGUCCAAGCAAGAAACAAGCAUUACCAGUGACGAGUCACUUGUUUCUAACAUUGGGCAGAUGAAAUUUGCCUCUCUUAUGGGGCAGGAACCCAUGAUACCAGUUCAGGGGGGAUAUUGGAGAGAAAUCCCAAUGGAUAAGGGUCAGCCAAAUCGGGGGAGGGGCUACUAUCAUCAUCAUCGUGGGCGGGGUGGGCAAGAUAACCGAGGCCGCGGUGGCCCCGAUCAUCGUGGGAGGGGAGGCAACCAAAACAGGGGACGAGGCGGGAAACGGGGUGGAGGAGGAGCCGAACGUGGACGCGGGUCUGGAAAUCAAAAGGCGAAUUAGAUAAUUUUGUAGCUUAGCUUAGAAAGGUUUUAAAAAGGGGGCUGAAAAGAAGCCAUUUUCUGGGGACUAUUUUAAACAUUGGAAAAAAUCCUGUCGAUAGGAAGAGUUCAGUAAGUGUUCUUAAAUCUAAAAAUUCAAGAUUAUACAAGUGAAGCUUUUAGUAAUCUAUAAACUAAUAACCUUCGAUUCACGUCUAUUCAUAUCCCCGAAAAUGGCAUUGAUUCAAUUCCCUUAUUUGCUAAUGAAUCAGGUCUACUGCAGUUAGUCUGGUUCCCAGCCCUAACGAUUCUGACUAUUUCUGAUGAAUCUUAGGUCAGGUAGCCACCACGGCACGUGACAAAAAACGAGAGGAAUGCCUCCCGUUUCCGAAAAUGUCUGAAGUUUGCUGAAUGCAUUUUAUUGCAUAGCACCCGGAUAUUUUCCAGGUAUAAAAAAGGGUUUAUUUUAUACCUGCCAAGCAUAUUAAAAAAAUUUCAAAAUUCCAUAAGUCGGCGUGGUCUCCAUUUUGGCUUCACCGCUAUUCGAGUCCCUAACUAUGAAAAUUCCAGCUCAACUGGUGUCUUACGGUUAAAUUCAACAUUUUCUUACAAAAAUACCAAACUGUAUGAUAUAUGAAGCAAGUGAUUUUUUUAUUUUAUUUGAUGGGAACAUUAAAAGCUUUUUAUGAUAAAGCCAAAUCGGAAACAGA